AUGGAUAACUUAAAUCAAGACGGUGAUGCUGAAAAUGAUGUUAUCCCUGAAGAAGAUGAUCAAUUGCUGCACGACAUCGAAGAGGAGGAAAAUGCUCGAGAUGAUGUUGCUGCUCCUGCUCCAGAUGCACCAUUUCAGAAAAAGAAAAGGAAGAAGACUGCCCAUUGUUGGAAGGAGAUGAAAGAAUAUAAGGGAGAUGAUGGUGUCCAGAUAGCUGAGUGCAAGUACUGCCAGGAAAAAAUGAGAGUGAAUAAGACCAGGACGACCACUCAAUUCAACAGGCAUUUGAGUAUGUGUUUGCAAAGAAAAAUUCAACUUGGACAAAAUCCAAAGUUGAAGCAACAGGAUCCUGAUGAAGAUGUCAUUUUUGAAGAAGUUGAACUACCGGAUGUAUUCAAGAUUUUAAGGCUGCAUUUGGGUUUUGGGGACUGCAAUCUAAAGAGUUGA